UCUGUCGUCGGCCGUGUCCUGCUCAACAACGUUCACACACGAGUCUUCGGUUUUUGGCGCCGUCGUCGGUUCCGUUCGUGCUCGUGUGCCGGCAUCGAUGUUGGGAGUUGGGACUAUCGCGGUCUCUUGUGUUGUGAUCAUUGAGCACGUGGACAACGCGGACGGUGGACGUUCUCUUGUCUGACUUCCGGCGCGAAUUCUAUUGUGGCGGCGAAGGCACGCGAGGAAUUCCCAAAUUUGCUCAAUUGCAGAAGAAGAAUUUUGUGCACUAAAAAUGUGCUUCGAUUGUCGUUCCGUGAGUGAAAUUAAACCAAGGAGGAAGCAAAACGAGAAGAAGAAGCAGAUUCCCGUGGGACGACGGCAAUUUCAGUGGCAAGGCCAGUUCUCGCAUUGUUAAAUCCGGGAGGGCUCCAUUAGGGUCAAACUUUGGCCAUUUGGUCCCGCGUGGACGUCCGUCGUUAAAAGUGAUCAACGACCACGUGCCGGAAUGUGCAAAUGCACGUCGUGCCGGUGUAAUUCAAUCAGCCGGAAGUGAGGUUUCGCAAUUGUCUCCGGGAACGGGAUGGUGGAAUUAUGUGUAGGGGAAAAAGUGAGCGCGAAAUAUGAAACGGAAUCAGGAGUGAUUUAGACGACCGAGAGCCGUUAUCGAACGCGUCGUUGUAGGGCUUUUAUAGUGCAAUUAGCGUGCUAAGCGAAGCAAGCCAAAAAAAAAAACCCAAAAAUUCCAACAGACAUGAAAGUGUUUGACGUGUCCUCAGCCAAGCCGAUCGUAUCACUCGAAAGCAUCCGGCCCAUAGUGAUGAAGGAGUCCGUCGUCAGCUCGGCGGACGGACCGCCGUUUCCGAUCUCAAGGAACGCGAGUGCACGAGUGUCGUCCCGCCGGUCGUCGCCGUCGAUCGCCACCUCGUACUCGCGGCGGUCCAACUCCAACUCGGACUACCUGAUGCAGGAAUCGCUGCCCAAGGUCACCAUGUACGGCUGCGUCAAGUUUAACCCAAACUCCAGGAGCGGUCGCCGCCUGUUCAUGUGCCACUUGUUGCUGAUCCUGCUGAUUCCGAUUGUGGCUGUGGUGCUGCAAAACUCAAUCCUGCUGAGCCAGCAAAUUACGAAAUACGAGACGACCAAGCGCGUUGAUGAAGAGAUCCGCAUGACCAUGAACAUGUCCGCGCUGCUGAAGGCGGUCCAGAACGAGCGCCGGCUGCUGACCUACUUUGUGCUGACGCGGAAGAACCGCCUGGCUGUGGAUGGGGCCAUCGCCGAAACGGACCGGGUUCUCCGGGAACUGAUGGCGCGCAGUGACAUCUGGGACGUGGAGUUUAGCGGCGACACGAACCAAACAAUAGCGGGGGAAUUGAGAAGGUUCUUGGCUCUCCUUUCAAGCGAAACGAGGGAACUGCUGCUCAGGUCACCCUCUCCAGCGGAAAACGUAAGCCGGUCAAUCACAACCUUCCUGGAGCCGUACAACGACCUCAACCGCCACCUGGUGGACCAAAUCAGCCAAUCAGUGGGCUUCUCGCUAACCGGAGACGUUUGGCGCCAGCUGGUGGUGUACAAGAACGUGAUCGAGGCGAUCGAGUGCGUCAGCAUUGCUUCCAUCCUGGUGUUUCAGUUCAUCCAGCGGGGUCGUCUGGGUUUGGACGACUUUUCGCAGUUUGUUCGGCGGGACGCUGCAGCCAUGGACUAUCUCCGAUCGGCGGAGAACUUCAUGGCCGACAUCACGAUCCUGAACAGCCGGGAGGCGCACGUGCUGAAUAAAUGGCGCGAACUGGUCCUAAUCAACUCGUCGGAAACAACAUCACGCGAAGAAGCCCUCGCCGAAUACUACCAAUCGGUCAACACGUUCACCACCAACCUCCAGCUACUUCAAGAUGAUCUCCAGGAGGCAGUCAUCCGAACCGUCGACGAAGAAAUGUCCAACGCCCGGCUCAUCCAGACAAUCUCGAUCGGGCUCGUCCUCGUCAUCGCCCUGAUCAGUCCCUUCCUGCUUCUGCUCGUGCACAACGCAACCAUCACGAUCCAGGACUUCUCAACCCAGCUCGUGGCACGAACCCUGGAACUCCGCUGCGAAAAGGGCAAAGCGGACCGUCUACUCUACCAGAUGCUGCCACCGGCCGUCGUGAGGCAACUCAAGCAGCAGCGCCAAGUUCCGGCGGAAACGUUCGACUCGGUCACGAUCUUCUUCAGCGACAUCGUGGGCUUCACGUACAUUUCCGCCGUUAGCUCUGCCAUGGAGGUCGUUACGAUGCUCAACACGCUGUACCGGUUAUUCGACUCGAUCAUCCUCAAGUACGACGUGUACAAGGUGGAAACCAUCGGCGACGCGUACAUGGUCGUGUCCGGGCUUCCGCAGCGCAACGGGGACAACCACGCGAGCGAGAUCGCGAUGAUGUCGCUGGAGCUGCUGUGCGGCAUCUCCGGCUUCAUUAUCCCGCACAUGCGCAACCGCACGAUCGAGAUCCGGGUGGGCGUCAACACGGGGCCGUGCGUGGCCGGAGUGGUCGGGACGACCAUGCCCCGGUACUGCCUCUUCGGGGACACCAUCAACACGGCCUCGCGGAUGGAGUCGACCGGGGAGCCCAUGAAAAUCCACGUGUCGGAGAACACGAAGGCCGUCCUGGACAAACUGGGUGGGUUCAAGAUCAAGCGGCGUGGCACGAUCGAGGUUAAGGGCAAAGGCACCAUGGAAACCUUCUGGCUGCUGGGACACAUCAGCUACGAACACCUCUCGCCGGACACGGUCGUGCCCAUUUACAAACCAAGCGUUCCGGUCACGGAGCCGGAAUUUCUGCAGAUGAUUUCCUAGGACUUUGAGGAAGCGUUUUAAAAAAAUAUAUAUCAUCUAGUCGAAGGAGAAAAAGAAGAAGAAAAAAAUGCAGGGAACAAAAGCAAAUCGUGUUGUGUGACGGUUGCGAUUCCUAUCCCUUCUAGCAAUAUAAGAUCCAAACGAUGAUCAGUGGUUGUAGAGAAAAAGGAAAAAUGUUGGUACAACUAACAAAGUCUAAUUCUAGUCAAUGGUGCACCUACGUGUGGGUCCAAAUUGUGAUGUUUUAAAAAUCAAAACUGUUGUUAUGUGUACCCCGAAUGAUGCUACAUGAAUAAAUGUUGAGUGAGUCUUGACUGUGUGAA